GCGGUUCAUAUAUCAUCCGCAUGGGAAAUGUAACUUUGAGUUUGUGCGGUCAAGUCGAUUUUUGUUGAGUAGAACCUUGAAAGGCAUUGCAAUCGCACCGCACUUUGUAAACGCGUUCCGUGAAAAUAUAUGGUGCAAAUUGUUCCAAAAUAUUGAUCGUGAAUACUCAUUCAGUGUUUAAAUUGUGCUAAUAAAAUAAAUAUUCAUCAAAAUGUUCAGUGGAAUCGCAGACAAGAACCUUGGGGCGUUCCGAAGCAUCGGCGAGAAGACUGCGUCCCUCUUCGAGCGCAAGAAGAAAGAUGCCGAGCAAGUGGCUUCUGAGAAGGUGCAGGAAGCUGCCCAUGUCGUAGAAGACCAGGUCAAGAAAGCCGGUGAAAUCAUCGGCGGGGCACAGAAGACCGCUACCGACGCUGCGGGUACUGCUAACGACGCGAAGCACUCAGCCAUUGAUGCUUUAGACAAGGAGCUGUCGAAGGUAUCCCUGGCCGCUGGUGAGGCACAGGACGCGGCCAGCAAGGCUCUCGCUGACGGCAAGAAAGUCGUCGAUGUCACUAAAGACACAUUGGCGACCACCGCAGAUAACACAAAAAAGGCAGCUGAGUCAGCGUACAACACUACAAAAGAUACUGUGUCAAGCACUAUUCAAAGUACCGUAGAUACCACACAGAAAGUUGCUCAAUCGGCUAUUGAUACCGGCAAAACUUAUGCCACAACCGCUAGAGAUUCAGUCGCUAACACAGUCAAUAGUACAGUAGAAAAUACAAAACACGCCGCCCAAACGGCUGUAGACACGACAAAGUCUUACGUAGAUAGUGCCAAAGAUACUGCCCAAAGUACGUUUCAAAUGGCAUACGAUGCGUCCGUUGGUGCUGCUGGCUCCGCUUAUAAUAUGGGCUUGUCCUAUUUAGAGAGUGCUAAAGAUACGGUAGCAAGCACAGUAGAUAGCACAAAGAAAACUGCACAAAGUACACUAGAAACUGGGAAAACCUACGUCAACUCCGCCAAAGAUACGGUUCAGAGCACAAUUAAUACGACAAUAGAUACGACUAAAACUGCUGCCCAAACCGCAGUAGAAACAGGAAAAACAUAUGUUAACACGGCCAAAGAUAGUGUAGCGAAUACAGUUCAUUCAACUGUAGAUACCACGAAGAAUGUGGCGGCAGCCGCUGUAGAGAAGGGCACAACUAUGAUUGGCACUGCCAAAGAAUCCGUAGCAAACACAAUAAAUACAACUGUGGACACUACUAAAAAUGUGGCCGCCGCUGCUGUUGACAAAGGCACAACACUUAUUGGCAGUGCUAAAGAUACGGUUGCAAGCACAGUAGACACUACUAAAAAUGUAGCGGCUGCUGCUGUCGAUAAAGGCACUACAUUCAUUGGCACAGCUAAAGAUACCGUAGCAAGCACUGCACAGACUACAGUAGACUCGACUAAGAACGCUGCCGCAUCAGCUGUGAAUCAGGGAAGCACAUUCAUUGGCACUGCCAAAGAUAAUGUUACAAGCACAGUGCAAUCGACAGUAGACAGUACUAAAAACGCGGCGUCCGCUGCAGUUGACAAGGGCACAACACUUUUUGGUUCAGCUAAAGAUACGGUAGGAAGCACAGUCCAAACUACAUUAGAUACGACCAAAAAUGUAGCUGCCGCUGCUGUAGAAAAAGGCACUACUGCGAUUGGCACAGCUAAAGAUACGGUAGCCAGCACAAUUCACACUACAGUAGACACAACUAAAAACGUUGCUGCCGCUGCAGUAGAAAAAGGCUCAGCAAUGGUUGGCACAGCUAAAGAUACGGUUGCAAGCACAUAUCAAACCACUGUAGACACAACUAAAAAUGUAGCUGCCGCCGCAGUCGAAAAGGGCACUACCGCUAUUGGCACAGCUAAAGAUACGGUAGCAAGCACAUAUCAAACCACUGUAGACACAACUAAAAAUGUUGCUGCCGCCGCAGUCGAGAAGGGCACUACCGCGAUUGGCACAGCUAAAGACACGGUAGCAAGCACAGUUCACACAACAUUAGACACAACUAAAAACGUUGCUGCCGCUGCAGUAGAGAAAGGGUCAGCAAUGGUUGGCACAGCUAAAGAUACGGUAGCAAGCACAAUUCAAACCACUGUAGACACAACUAAAAAUGUCGCUGCCGCUGCAGUCGAGAAGGGCACUACAGCUAUUGGCACAGCUAAAGAAACAUUAGCGAAUACUGUACACUCGACUGUAGAUACCACUAAAAAUGUAGCCGCUGCAGCUGUUGAAAAAGGCACAAACAUUAUUGGCAGUGCGAAAGACACAGUGUCAAACACGGUACACAGUACAGUUGACACGACAAAAAGUGUGGCUUCAUCUGCAGUUGACAAGGGCUCGUCUCUAAUUGGCAGUGCCAAAGAUACCGUAACAAAUACAUUUGACUCGACAAAACAGGCUGCGGCUUCGGCUGUUGACACUGGCGUAUCUUACGCUACGAGUGCCAAAGACACGCUAGCAAAUACCGUUCAUAGCACUGUAGAUGCAACAAAGAAUGUUACAUCGUCGGUUGUAGACAAAGGCGUAUCUUUAGUAGGAAGUGCCAAAGAUACCGUAGCCCAUACUUUUGAUGCAACUAAAAACGCAGCCGCUUCUGCAGUUGGUACUGGUGUAUCUUUCGCCGCCAGUGCUAAAGACACGCUAGCAAAUACCGUACAUAGCACUGUAGAUGCAACAAAGAACGUAGCAUCAUCGGCUGUAGACAAAGGCGUAUCUUUCGUAGGAAGUGCCAAAGAUACAUUGGCAAGCACUGUAGAUACGGCUAAAAAUGCGGCAGCUGGUGCCGUAGACACGAGCAUUUCAUUCUUAGGAUCGGCUAAAGAUACGGUUGCAAACACAGUCCACAGCACUGUAGACACAACAAAGUCGGCCGCGGCUUCAGUUGUCGAUAAAGGAGUAUCUUUUGUCGGAGGUGCUAAAGAUUCAGUAACAGAGACACUACGCUUUAAAACUGAGGAGGUGGUGGAAGAUGCCGUAGACUCAGCUGAAGGUUUAAUAGAAACGAACCUUCAAGGGCCCAAAGAUUCUACUGAAAACGUUCUGAGUGAGGGUGUAAAGACAGUCGAAAACACAGCCGAUACGAUCAACACCACAGUGGACGCGACUAAGAAGGCCGCCGAAGACGCGAAGGCACAAGCCGCUAAGGCCGCUGAAGACGCGAAGGAGAAGGCCAGACUCGCUGCUAAAGCCGCUGAGGAUGAGGCCAAGAGAGUUGCUAACGCCGCCGUUGAAGAGUCGAAGAAGGCAGCCGAGAAGGCGGCAGCAGACGCCAGCAAUGCCAUCAACAGCACCGUGGACAACACCCUGAAGAGGGUGGAGACUGCCGCUGAUGAGGGCAUCAAGAACGCCAGCAAUGUUGUCGACUCCAAGCUCAAGGAAACUGACAAGUACCUCAAUGAGAAGAGGGAUCAUCUGCUGUCCAACCUGUCAUCAGCCGUCAAUGAUGCGUCAACAGGCGCCACCGGUCUGCUGAGCAAGGGCCUGACCGCCUUCCCCAAGUAGACGCUGUUCCACAUCUACCAUCAUCGCUACCUUCACGUGUGGAAAUGGAAAUAUAACAGGCUUUCAUUCGAUUUUUUACAAAAAUAGGCCUAAAUACAGAGCUUUGUGUAUUAAGAAAUAUCUUUAUUGAAUCAUAUUUAUGUAUAUCUUUAUAGUUUUGUAAUGACAAAAUUAUGUAAGGUAUUCAUAUUCUGAUUAUAUUUUUUUCGAACUUGGCUACUAUUUUUAACUUUUAUUUUAAUAACGUCAUACGGUUUAUAAAUAUAAAACAUGAUAUUCCAUGUCUGUGAAAACCUGUUACUUUCCUUUGUUACAUAUUUCGAAUAGUCCAUCACAUUUUGUUUAUAAACAUGCACAUUGUUCGUAAGUUUUGUUUUAAUUAAUAGUACAAUAUUGUAUAGUUUCUAGUUAGUAAGUUUUACUAACAUAAAUGUUAUAAAUGGACAUUGCUGAGAACAAAAUCAAAUAUUGUAUUACUUAACGAUAUUUUUACACGUUUCUAUCAAUGAUAUUUGCUUUGCAUAUUAUAUCACAAAAUCAAUUUGCAUUAUUUUAUAUUUAAGUCACAAAAUUGCAGUCUCAUGUGUAGGCGUCUAUAUUAUUUCUUAAGAUAAGUGUAAGUUAUUUUAAGCUCUUUUUAUAUUUUUUGGCAUUUGAAAUGCAUUUCGCAUACACAUGUCUCGAAUUUCUUGCUUGGCUUAAACCGUCCAUGAAUAGCCUUUUACAAAAUAUGAAUAAGGAAAUAUUUACCGUGUUCCUACAAUAGUACCUAACUCACAGCAUUACAGAAGUCUCGCAUAUUUAUGUGAUAGUGUGAUGCUCACAAAGCCUAAAAUAUUAUGUAUACUUAUUUGUUACUGCUUAGCAGUCUAUUUUAUGAUACGAAUAUAUACGGAUGUUAAAAAUAUAGUAGAUAUUUAUUAUAAGAACAGUCAUAUUUCUACAAUGGCGCUUAAAAUUUUAUUGUUGCUUUAUAAAUUAUGUAAUGAGGGUUUUCAAAAAUGGCGUUCACCAGGUGGCAGCACCGAGUCGUCAGGUCCAGGUAACUGUCAAAGUGCUUAUCUUUACUAUGAAUAGUGAACGAUUUUAGUGUUUUUUUUUAUUUUAUAAUUAAAGCACUGCAUUAUUGUUUUACUAUUGCGGUUGAGUAAAUAAAAAAAACUAAAUCAUAUUGUGUUAACAAAUUUUUCAACAAGCUUUUCCUUAGUACCAGUGACUUUUGCACCCUCUCUCUUAGCUCAAUUUUUAGUUCGGAAACCUUAUUCUGACCGCAGUCCAUAAUAAAAUCAAUAACACUUCCAAUAUAACAGAAUUUCAAUAAACAAUAAGUUCGGCACCUACAAUUCCAUACUAUUUGACAGCUGUUUGGACCUGACGCAUACGAAGCGCCGCCUGGCGGCAGAAAAAAUAUCGAAAACCCUCAUUGUAAAUGUGUUAUAUCCGAGUACCUACAUGUUUUAAUCAAAUAAUUAUUCAUUGUAAUAAUCUUGUUUAUUUUCUAUAUCUGUUAAAUUUAUCAUAUUACUUACUAUGUGUUGUUCAAUAAAUACAUGCGACCCAUAA